AUGGCAUCAUUUAAGAAAGUCCAAGAAAUGCUUUGUUUGUGCCUAGUAGAAGAAAUCAUAGAUGAAGAAGAGUUUGUUCUGCUUUGCGAUACAUACAGGCCGAGAAAUCUUCCUUUUCCUCACUCGGGGUAUGAAAAGUUUUCCCUCGCGAAUACAGACCCAGCCGAAUGUAAAGUCGAUUCCCGAGUGGAAAAGAGGGACAUUCCUCUGCUUGUUGACGCAUUAACAGUACCUCCUGUGUUCCGAAGUCACAAUGGAAAAAUUUGCGAUGGAGCCGAAGGCCUGUGUAUAAUGCUGAAGAGGUUUGCUUACCCGUGCUGGUAUUCCGACAUCAUUCCUAUUUUUGGACGAUCCGUGCCAGAACUUAGCAUGAUUAGUAAUGAGGUUGUAGACUGGAUGUACUCAACUCAUGGUCACAAAAUAACACAGUGGAAUCACGACCUGUUAAAUCCUGCUGCACUGAAUGAGUAUGCUGAUGCCAUUAGUAACAAAGGACCAGCACUGGAAAAUUGUUUUGGAUUCAUAGAUGGAACUCUGCGCCCGAUUUCUAGACCGGAUGAAAACCAAAGAAUUGUAUACAAUGGACAUAAAAGGGUUCAUGCCCUUAAUUUUCAGUCUAUUGUUCUCCCAAAUGGAUUAAUUGGCCAUCUAUAUGGUCCUGUUGGUAGGUACAUACUUUGGCACCCAAUUCAAGUUGUUUGGCACAAGUUUCUAAUUUUAGAACUUUUUUCCUUUUUUUCACAGAGGGAAGGAUGCACGAUGCACGAAUGUUGGCAGUUUCUGGUCUGUAUGACGAUUUGAAAAAUUUUGCUUUCUAUCCAGCAGGCAGAGCAAUGUGUUUAUGGUGA